AUGCCUGCACUAGCCAACAGUUCUACGGCCUGGAGAAGCUGGUGGGACCAACUCCAUAAGCUAUCAAAAGCGGACGAUAUCAGUACAACUGAACUGAAACAAUUCAUUGAUGACCCUCCCCUCAAAUCUGAACUCACCAGGAUCGCGGCAGAAGACAUGACUCCCACUGAUGUGAACGAGUCCUUUUGUCUUACUCAAGUUCACGGCCCCGAGGCAUGGCAGUUUCCACGUCCACUCAUUCACCUCCGGCCAGAUUUCGAAAAGUGUACCGAAGCUCGGUCGCGUUGCAAAAUAUAUGGACUGCUGUUGAUGAUCUGCGAGAAUCUAAAGGCUCGUGGAUUCCUGGAAGAUGGUCUGGAUAUUGGUCUCCAAUUUGAGACCGCACUUGAAUGUGAACCGGUUACCUACCACAACAGGCUGCACAAGUGUGUUGGAACAGCCGACUACAAGGCCAAACAGGACUAUAGAGCUACAAACAGCCACGGGCAGCUUCUAGCCUAUAUGGCAAUGGUGCGGGCUAUGCGAAAGGCUCGGGGACAGCCCGAUAGCACCGUGUGGGGUGCCCUAACAGAUGGGCAAUGGUUUUACUUCUUCCGGCUGAAUAAUGGCGGCCAAUGGUCUUGUGUCGCGUACGAAUGCGAGGGCAUGAGACUGCGGCGUCUCCUCUUCGUUCAAGUCUCUCCUCUACCUCUUCCAGGGCCCCAAGAAUCCCCUCCCUCAACAUCCCUGGACGAGCGAAUGUUUGCUGCUGGUCACUGA